UCCAGUCAAUGGUUGACCAGGUUUGUGCCAUCAGUGUACACCUUGGUGGUUGCUGUGUCUUUGCCCCUCAACAUUAUGGCAAUUAUUGUGUGUGUCUUCAAUAUAAAAAUCAGAACCCCGGCAGUGGUCUUUAUGCUAAAUCUUGCAGCUGCCGAUGUUCUGUUUGUUAGUGUGCUGCCAUUUAACAUUGCUUAUCGAUUCUCUGAAAAUAACUGGAACAUUGGAGAUGGAAUGUGUCGUUUUGUCACUGCUGCCUUUUACUGCAACAUGUACUGCUCCAUCCUGCUCAUGACAAGCAUCAGCGUGGACCGAUUCUUGGCUGUGGUAUACACAAUGAAGGCUCUUUCCUGGCGCACAAAGAAAAGAGCCUGGCUGGUCUGCUUCUGUAUUUGGAUAAUAUCAAUACUCAGCUCACUACCUCUUCUUAUAUCCAAGCAAACUGUGUAUAUAGACACGCUUAAGAUUACAACUUGCCAUGAUGUCUUGGAUGUGGGUGACCUCCAGAACUUCUAUAUGUAUUAUUUUUCCACCUUUUCUUUAGCCUUCUUCUUCUUGCCACUGAUUAUUACCACUAUCUGCUACAUCAGCAUCAUCAAGAAACUGAGUACCAAUGACAUUGAAAAUUCUUGUAAGAAGACAAGAGCAGUGAUCCUUGCCAUUGUAGUUUGUUUUGCUUUCCUGAUUUGCUUUGGUCCAACAAAUAUCAUCUUUCUAAUUCAUUAUUUGCAUUUCCGUAAUAGCAUUGAUGAGUCCAUGUAUUUUACCUAUAUUCUGUGUACCUGUAUCAGCAGCCUCAGCACCUGUUUGGAUCCUCUCAUCUACUACUAUGCUUCUUCAAAGUAUCGGACGCAUGCGUACAAUUUGCUUUGCUGCAAAAAGGCAAAUGCAGUGCAAUCAGCAAAGCAACAACUAACUGGACAAAGUGAAACGUCUACAGAAAACACUUUUACUUUAUAA